AUGGUGGUCCAGGAACAAGACGAGGCAGCGAGCAUAGCUGAGGAAGAGAUGGAAAACCAUCCUGAAGCCGACAUGUCUUUUACAGUGCCCAGGUCACUGGAACAGCUACCCACUCGUCGUAGAGGGCACCCACAGGAUGAGCAGCUUCCGCUUCCGGAGAUGAUCUUGCCAGACUGCCCAAUCACGUUCGAACAGAUCGCAGGUGGAGCCACAGGACGCGGUGAUAUCCUACUUGCAGACAGCUACGGCUUCACCUACUCCAAGAAGAGAGAAACCAAUGCUUGCAUUACCUGGGUGUGCAGCAAAAAGAGGUUGCAGUGUCGUGCCACAGUGAAGCAGGUCGGGGAAGACUACACACUUGGGACCCAAGACCACAAUCACCCCAGCAACCCAGAAAAGGUGGCCACUGCAAAAGCCAGAGCUUUGGUAAAGGAGGCUGCAAUGACUGAUUUUGUUAAGGGUGCCGGAAAGCUGGCGGAGGAGGCCCUGGACCUCCUUAAUAAAGAUGAGCCACUGCCCGAUGUUUGCCGUGACUCACUAGCUCGUGCUGCGAACCGGGCAAGAGCUACACUAAGGCCAAAGCAUCCAGCUGAUCUUGCAUUUCAGUUGGAUAUGGGGCACAUCCCCAAUGGUUUUCUCAGGCGAGACAUCCAGCUUGAGGGGCGUAGACACCUCAUCUUUGCCACCGACCAUCAGCUGACGGUACUCUCGGACGCCCUCACAUGGUACAUGGAUGGGACGUUCAAGACGGCUCGCGACCCCUUCAAACAGCUGUUUACGAUACACAGCUUUAUCCACUCGGGGGACAGCAUGAAGCAGGUGCCACUCUGCUACGUCAUGAUGUCAAGAAGAAAAACCGAGGACUACACGGCUGUAUUCAACGCCGUCCGGGACAUGCUGCCCAGAAGCCCGCGGGUGGAAGAAGCAGUUUUGGACUUUGAGCAAGCAGUGUGGAGUGCAUUGCCAGAGGUGUUCCCAGGCAUCGAGAUCUUCGGUUGCUGGUUUCACUGGGCGCAAACCGUGUACCGAAAGAUCGCACGGCUUGGUCUGAGACGCGCCUAUAUGAAACAACCAGCUGUCAGGCAGUACCUGAAGGAGCUGAUGGCCCUCCCCAACCUCCCAGCCGAGCACAUAGCAACAGCCUUUGAAGAGCUCAGGCGGCGCCGCCCAGUGAACACCAGAUCCGAGGAUAUAGAAGAACUCCUGGAAUACCUGGAGGACACCUGGGUGAAGAAUGCUGCCCAUCCUCCCUCGGCCUGGUCAACCUUCCAGAGGACCGUCCGUACAAACAAUGAUGUGGAGGGUUGGCACAAGCGCAUUAACCUCCAGGUGAAAGACAAACCAAACCUUUAUCUUCUGGUUGGAAUCCUACACAAAGAGAGCAGUCUCCUGCCUCUGCAGGUCCGCCUUCUCCACCAGCGGGCCAUCGGGCGGCUAACAAGCAAGCAGGACAGCUCUAAACAGGCAAAGCUGGAGAAACUCUGGGCGUCUUAUGGAGAGAUGACCACCUCAAGAUACCUACGGCAGUGUGCUGGGUUGAGCGACCACUCCGAAGCCGUCAGGCAGUGUGCUGGGUAGAGCGACCACUCCUCUACACCGUCAUCCUCCCUCCUUCCCCAUCCCUCCAUCCUCCCCUCUCCCUCCUGACUGCUGCCUGUGUCAGAGGAAGGGGCUGCUUAUUUGUCUGUUUUUUUCUGUAAGAUGUACAGCAUUGUAAAUAAGUCUACUACAAAUAAAAGUGCAUAUAAAUCAUCUCCGUGUUGCCCGCUCUCCUCAUUUGGUGUCCCAAACAUCCUGGUUUAUAACACUCUAAAAUCUGUCUAAGAUAGAUGUGACAUUAAUCGCUGAGCAGUCAAGUCUAAAGACUCAUUAGGUUGAUGCUUUUCUACUGUAAUUAAUUUAACUGCUGUGUGUUAAUAUAGUGGAUUUUAAUAUAGUAAUAUUAAACAUUAUUAACUUUGAUUCCCCUAUGGAGAUCAAUACAAUGACUGCACUGUACUCUACAUAUGGUUUAACAAUGCUCUGCACUAAAACUAUGUGUCCAGAUAUGAUAUUGCAGUAGCCUAUUGCUACCUUAGUCAAGAUACUGACUGACCUAGGUAGGAAUAGGAUAGACGGCCUAUUUGCAGGCCUGCCUUUUCUGCCGUUUCUUAAAUACAAUGCAUAUAAUGUAAAAAAAAAAAAAAAAAAAACAUGCAGACAAAUGUAAUGCUAGAAAGAUUAGGUGAUCAGUAACAUAAUAGUAUAAAUAUUAUAGGAAAGGGUUUUGAUCAUUAUUAGUCCUAUUAUGUGUUGAUAUUAUUGUUACCAGGGAUGGGCAAAGAUACAGAUAAAAGUAUUUCAAAACACUAGGCCUAAUGCAAAAUACCCAGCACUGUAACUGUUAGAAAUAAUCUACAAGAUACAGUUACUGCCGUGCAUCUUGUAUCUUAUUUCUAACCGUUUCAUAAUUACUUGGAAAUUUUUCUAGCGGUUUCAUGACUACACAGUUAAUGUUGUGUACUUAUAGGUUGUUUUAAUGCUGGGUAGGCCUACUUCGCAUUGAAUUUGGAAAUACUUUUAGAUGUAUCUUUGCCCAUCCCUGAUUACUAGGCCUACAACUUCAACUUCAACUUUUCAACUUUAUUGUCCCCAGAAGGGGCGAUUAGGUGUGCAGCAAGUCAUAAGCACAUAUAGACAGCAACAAAAGAUAGGCUACCACAGGACAGACAUAAAGUGCAGUGGUCAAUAAAAGGUUAAAAUGACCAUAAAUACAACAACUACAGUUACUACUACUACAUCGUACCACCAAACCAGAGGCAUGGCGAACUCUGGAGUAUCUGCAGAGACAGUUCAGAUACCUUCCUAUCAAAAUCUCUGGUAUCUGUGGUGUGACGUUUACUGACCGGAAACGGAAAGAGGAUGUAUCCACCACUUACAUUUGAAACGUAACGACAAAGUCAAUUCAUAGCCUAAUGAUCAUAUUGUAGGUGUAUUUGAAACAAUCUGGCGCUAAUUAUAUGUGAAAUACACUUGUACGUAACAAAAAACUAACAUCAACAAGAUAACUGGCUCCGUAAUAUGGCGGUGGUACCGCUAGUCUGGCUAGUGGGAGCGAGAUGAAAUGGGAGUGUAAUGAGAUGGGAGCCCCAGUCUGGG